AUGCAUAGUACGAAUCUACUCACCAACUUUCUCGGCGACUUCUACACAAAUGUUAAACCUUUUGCUGGCGCUAUAGUGCGUUUUUUGUCUCACUUAUUCGCACCUUCACCACUACCACCACCACCGCCACUACCACCACCACUACUACCACACAUCUACCACAUCGCUCGUGAACGAACGUCCGUCUACGAAACACACAUCACAAACACAAACACACUCACGCACACUCGUCGACUUACUCCUUUCUCAAACCACCCAUCAUGGGAAAUCAUCAUUCACGACACAACCAACACGGUCCUGGUGGACCCAUGGGAGGCAUGGGAGGCAUGGGAGGUUUCGGAGGCGGCGGUGGAGGCCACCAGAGCGGUCUCGGCAGCCUCGUUAACAUGGUCGGAGGAAGGCGGCAUCACGGGGGAGGAGGAUUUGGCGGAGGAGGAGGAGGUUAUGGCUACGGCGGUGGUGGUGGAGGAUACGGUGGCGGAGGACCAGGCAUGGGCGGAGGAUUUGGAGGACAUGGAGGACAUGGAGGAGGAUUCGGUGGUCCGGGAGGUGGAUUUGGUGGUCCGGGAGGGCCUGGAGGACAUCAUGGUGGUGGAGGAGGAUUCGACAGACCAGGAGGUGGUGGAUUUGGGGGUCCAGGAGGAGGACCUGGCGGAGGAUGGUAGGCGUGCAUUGUACGCUUGAUUCUCGGGCGCUCAGGUGUGCGUUUUGUUGAUUUGCUCUGGUUAGUUCUUGUCCGUUCUAUCGUACUGUACAUC